CAAUAAAGUUUUUUGAUCGGGAGCUCUGCAGUAAACAAACAUGGCGGCGGCUGCCGGAGGGACCGAGUAGAGGAGGAGAACCGAGUCCUGUACCGAGCGCUAUGGAGGGGCUGGCGGGCUUCAUGGAGGACAGUGACGAGCACCGGGCGGUGGCCAUUGUCGGCUCCGAGUUAGUGGAGAAUUACACGGUAUAUAUCAUCGAGGUCCAGACUGGUGUUUAUAACUGGAAAGUUAAACAUCGUUACAGUGACUUUUAUGAUCUCCAUGAAAAACUAACAGCAGAGAACAAAAUCGAACGAAAUUUGCUGCCUCCUAAAAAGAUCAUUGGAAAGAAUUCCAGAAGCUUGGUGGAAAAGCGUCAGAAGGAUCUGGAGGUCUACCUACAAACGCUGCUUGCAAAGUUUCCGGUUACUGUUCCAAGAGCUUUGUCCCAUUUUUUGCACUUUCACUUAUAUGAAAUUCAUGGAAUUGCUGCUGUUCUGGCGGAGGAGCUUUAUCAUAAUGGUGAGCAAUUACUUGUAGCGGGAGAAGUGUUUCACAUGAGACCUCUACAGCUGUAUGCCAUAACACAAUUGCUACGACAUGGCAAACCAACCUGUAUUAAUGGAGACGCCAAAACUGACCUUGGGCACAUACUUGAUUUUACAUGUAGACUUAAAUAUUUAAAGAUCAGUGGUUCAAAAGGUCCAGUUGGAACAAGUAAUAUACAAGAACACCUAUUGGCGUAUGAUCUAUCGGUAUUUAAAUCACUUUGUCAAGUAGAGAUCUGUCAUUCAGAUGCAAAGCUUAUCAAAGGCUUCACCUCCUGUAAGAAGACACUGGAAACUAUGACUGUUCAGUUUUCAGCAUCAUCAAUGAAGGAUAUCCUGGUGCCGGAGGCUCUUGAAUUCGAUCAUUGGGAGGCAGAAGGUGCGACAUCAGAUUGUCCUAUAACGGCUGUAGUGCCAAAAUGGAGUACGCUGACCACUGUGGAUAUGAGCCACAAUCAGAUCUCUUGUAUUGAUGAUUCUGUGAAAAUUGCUCCACAAAUAGAGUUCCUGGCCUUGAGUCAUAACAUCAUAACCUCCAUAGAAAAUCUGCAGCACUUGUACAACUUGGUUCACUUGGAUCUGUCCUACAACAAACUCUCUGGGCUGGAAGGCAUUCACUCAAAGAUUGGAAAUAUAAAAACGCUAAACUUAGCUGGAAACCUGUUGGAAAGUCUCAAGGGGCUCAAUAAAUUAUAUUCUCUGGUCAACCUGGAUUUAAGCAACAACAAGAUCUCACAGGUUGAUGAAAUUAAAAAUAUUGGGAAUCUUCCAUGCUUGGAAACUGUGAAUCUGACCGACAACAAUGUGACUAUUAUCCCUGAUUACAGAACAAAAGUUCUUGCACAGUUUGGGGACAGAGCCGCAGAGGUUUGUUUGGACAAUACUGCUACAACAGAAAAAGAACUAGACACAGUGGAAGUGCUGAAAGCAAUCCAGAAAGCAAAGGAAGCAAAAAAUAAACUGAAUAAUACUGAUAAAAAGAUGAGUGAGGACUUCCGGCUCACUGCUUCCAGCUCUUCUUUUCUGGCAAAUGCUUCUUCCCCUGUCUCUGGGACUGUUAUCUCCAGUCAAGACCAGUCCACAGACAGCAAAUCCACUAAUCUGACGCUCGAUGAUCAUUCACAGAGAAAAGGUGGAAUUCAAUGUUCUGCACACAAUAAAGGAACAAGCAGAGAGCCAUCCAAACCAGACGUAGUUUUACAAAAUGAUGACAACAAUCUUCAUGUGGUCAGUCUAAUUACGCUAGAAGAGGAACCUACACUAUUACCAGAACUUCACUGCUCCCAUUUUCCUAUACCCUGCGUCUCAAAUACUGACACUGAUCAAGAUUUUAUUCCUUACUUUUCCACAUCAAUUGCCCAUGCACUAAAGCAGAAGCAGCAUCUAGCUGGAAAGCUGGAGACAAGUAAUAACCAAAGAGUGGGCUCUUGUGAACCAGGGGAUGGCUACUUUGAAAUGGGACUUCACGAGAACGACCAUAGUGUAGAGUGGAAUCUGUCAGAGAGAACUCCUUCAUGUCCUCAAGACACAAAUAUCAGUAUUGUACGAUUACUUUGGAACUUCUCUGUUCACCUUCAGGGAGACAAUAAUGUCAAACCAUUUUCAUCAUGCCUUGUGUUAACUGACACUUUAAUUGCUUUGUUUGAGGUCCAUCUCGAAGAGCCAGAAAAAAGCCACAGUUCCAUUCCAUCUUUACUUAAACUAGUUUGCUAUUUUUAUUAUGAAGAUGUCACUGAAUUUGGAGUUCUAAUACCAGACACAUGCUUGGCGCUUAAUAUAAGGAAUGGAGAGGAGUACAUAGUUAUAGUAACAGACUCUAAAAACUUGGAAGAAUUUUCUUCAUGUUUACACGAACAAUGUUCACAAAACAGCAUUUCACUGCCAUCCGUCUCAGUCACGAGUUUCGAAGCUGGACUCCAAAGUUUCUUUCAACGUCUUGUAGAGAAACACAAGAUAAAUGUAGAAGAUUGUGAGGUUAAAGGUUUUUUCCCAGUGUGUUUGCUUUACCAUGAUGACCUUUUUAAGAGGAACACCCAAGGAGAACUGCAAAACAAAAACUCUAGGUGCACAGAUUUGAGUUCUACACCUUUUUGUAUCAUGAAGCUCAACUCUAAUCACAAUACUGAGAAUGUUCUGCCGGUUUGGUUGUUCUUUACUCAACAAGAUAUGAUCAUGGUCCAAAUAGAUUAUCAUAUGGUCUCUAGGAAUAAAAAACUGUCUGACUGUUCCCAAAAUGUCUUCAGCCUGAGAAGAGUUCCUCUGGCUUCCAUAGUUGUGCAUCCAAUGUGCCAGUCUGCUGGGGAGAACCAUUCUCUCCAAGAAGGUCAUGUUCUGCAGAUCAUUUUGGAUUCCAUGUCUAUGACUGCUUUUUUUGUUUUACCCCAAGAUAAAUCCCGUUUUUUAAAUCUGUAUAAACUACUGAGAACCUCCCUUCAUGAUUUUAAAAAUGUAGUCAUUUUAAAGGCUUUAAUGAACUUGAAAAGCACACAAUGUAACCUUCUGGAAACCAAGAAAACGCAUCUGCAGACUGUUGGUACUAUUAAACCUUCAAUGACCUUACCUACCACAUACCCUUCUCAAAGUUUACAGCAUAAAUUAAGUGAAGAAAACCAGAUACCAUUCCACCUGCCAGCAUCUGAACCAUUGCAAUUUAUCGCUGCACUCACUGGGAAAAGCGUUGUGGAAUUCUUCCAUAACAGUGUUUCUGAGGAUGAAAAUGAAGAAUUGCGGCACCUCAUGUGGUCAUCCCUUUCAUUUUAUCGGACACCAGACAUGGAAAUCACAUCUUGUGUUUUGCUGUCAACAAAGGCAGUUUAUUUUGUGCUGGAUGACGCAAUAAAAAAGAUAAAUCAGAUACCGCUGAAUUCCUGCAACCAAAACGAUGUCGGCUUAGAGAACAGUUUAUUCCAUCAUUGCUGCUGUAUAGUGAUAAAGUUCAGUGAUCUGCAGUCUGUAAACAUUGGGCUUUUCGAUCAAUACUUUAGAAUAACAGGUCCUUCUCCAAACCAUGUUAUAACAUUAUUGACCAGAGACAGCUAUACUACCCAUGCAUUCAUACAACAGCUCAUGUCUGUGUUAUCCUUGCUGGCACGAACACCAUCCCCAGAGCCUGUAGAGAAAGACUUCUACUCAGAGUUUGGGAAUAAGAGGACAGGAACAAUGGAAAACUAUGAAAUGAUCCAUUCCAGCAGAGUGAAGUUUAUAUAUCCAAAUGAAGAAGAAAUUGGGGAUCUUACUUACAUUGUAACAGAAAGCACUGACUCUCCGGGAACAUUGCCAUCUUUAAACAUCUUACUGUAUGUCCUGGCUUUCCAAGUAAGCACAGCAGAAGGAAGUGACCAAGAAGCUUUGCUGCAACCUAAAACCCUCAUUCUCACAAGCUCGGAUCUGUUUCUAUUCAAUGAAGAUUACAUCAGUUACCCACUUCCUGAUUUUGCCAAAGAGCCCCCAAAGAAAGAUAAGUACCAGUUAGUGGAUGGGAGGCGUAUUCGGGAUUUAGACCGUGUGUUGAUGGGCUAUCAGACUUAUCCUCAGACUCUUACAUUUGUGUUUGAUGAUUCUAGCAACCAAGACCUGAUGCAAAGUCUAUCUAUGGAUCAUUUUGCAGAAACAUUAAGCCCCUGCAACAGUCAGAAAACCUGUGGCAAUAAUCAAGAAGUACAGUGGUACAUCUUUAUUCCAAGUGCUGACUGCCGGGAAAAGUUGAUAUCGCUCCUUGCCCGGCAGUGGGAGAUUCUGUGUGGCAGAGAGCUACCUUUGGAGUUGACAGGAUAAAGUACUUGAUUUAUGUAUACAUUCUAAAGAUCCAGGCAGGUUUUUGAGGGACCAUAACUAAAGGCAAUGCACAUAGUUUUAUGCUGCUUUUCAUUGCACAUAUUUAUUUUUAUGUUUGAGCACAUGUACAGAUACAUCAAACCUACAAAUUGUUACAAUAUAAUUGAAAUUAAAGUCAUCCAUCUUAUUGUCUUUUAUAUAGCUAAAGAUGUCCUUAUUCUUGUGAUGUUUUCAUUCCUAAGGUACAGUUUUGGACCAAUUUUGAGCUUCUAAUGGUUUAUGGUGAACACAGAUUUGCAACAAAAAUCUCGGAAGACUAUAAUGGCAUAAAAUAAUGUAGCAAAAUUUAGAAAGCUUCCUCUUAUAUUCUACUAACUGUAGAAAUAUACCAGCACUGUUGCUUUACAAGCUAUGGAGACCUCUCUCACAUGCACUGAAUAGUGGAAAUUCAUGCUGGUGUCUUUUGAGUACCUGAUCAUUUAGAAUGAGAUGAAAUUCCCAUGGCUUGCUUUUAGGUGUAUCUUUUAAAGUUUCCUUGCUUGAAGAAAACAAAAUUCAAUAGCCCUAGAUUGGGGUGGAGUUGAGUCUUUGUUUCAGGUUGAUGCAUUUUUUCAAAGCAAAAGCAGUCACCUCUUAAUAAACCUGUACCCAGGUGAAGAAUAUUGCAUUUGUGGCCUCCCUUCUGACAGGAAGUAAAGCGCAAUAUUCUGUAAUACAUUUUAACACACUUUAGCUAAAAUGGGGUGUGUUCCAGGUCCUGAGACGUAUAUGUGAAUUGUCUUACCGUCCAAAAUAUUUGUAAUUCUGUUCAAUUGGUUCCACACACCCCUGUCAUACAGCCUAGCUAGGUCUCUCACCUCCAAAGGAGUUAAACAAUGUAGCUUGGUUUAAGGACUUGCCUGCAGAUUGGACAAUGCAGAAACAGCAGAGCACUGAUAAGGUUGACUCAUGCUCUCCUAUCCUGUAAUCAAGUGUUAGGUCUCAUUCACACGGGCAUAAUGGUGUGCAACUGUGAGAGGGCUGUUUUUUUCAUGCAUGGGGAUGCACAGGUGUUUUGUGUAUCCUUGUGCAGGCAGUGACAUUCAUGUCAAUUGGGAUGCAGUGCAAGACACAGUCGUUGCUCGCCGUACUCUUACAGGUGUGUAUCCCGAAACAGUGUGCAUUCGCAGCUGUGCACCCGCAUGGCUGUCGAAUUGGGAGCAACAGCUGUGUUAGUGCAGUGUAGUGUGUCCCAAUGGACAUCAAUAGGACUGUCUGCACAGGGAUACAUGAAACUCCUGUGCAUUCCCAAGCAGGCAAGCAUGGCCUUCAUAUGGGCCUAUGCCCAAGUAGCUGGUGUAAAAAAAACUUACAUUGACAGUAUUUGGUAGGGCACUGAUGGGUUUGCUAA